UUUAUUAAUUAUUUUUGGAUUUUAUACAUUUUUCCACUUAUACUUUUUCGUUGUAUGUCAUUUUAAUCCUUUGUAACAUAAUAUUUAGUUUUAAACAUAUUUUUCACACUGUACAUUAAUUUUUCAUUUGAACUGACUGUACUUUUUAAAUUUAAUCUUGAUUUCUAAGCUUAAUAUUUCAUUCACACUCGGUUUUACUUAAUUUCUCAUUUCCAUGCUUUUCACAUGUUAUAACGUUUAAUACUUUUAUCUUUACAACUUUAUCCACUUUAAACAUUAGUUUUUGUUAUUUUUAAAUGUUGCUAAUAAGUAAUUGGCCUGAUCAAUAAACCUUAAACCAUCUCUAAACCUUAUGACUCGAUUCAAACUCAUACUUUGAAAUAGAUCGGUUUUAACCAUAUCGCAACAAUUUGCCCCUUAAGAUUAAGUUUUUAUUUUACACCUCCUAAAAAUUUGACAACUUGUAAUAUUUGAUAGAACCUGCAAACACUGAUUUGUAACUUUUAAGAUGAAUUUGUUUACGGUUCAUGCCAAAAAUGGGCUUUACAUUUACAAGUGUCAACCAGUGAAAUCGGAGGAGGGGCAGGAUCCUGGAAAAACCCAGAAUUUACAAGAAGAGGAAAAGACCGAUCCUGCCACAAGUUUGACUGCGGAAUGUGUUUGGUACCAGGACCGUUUCGCAAGACACUGCGUGUGUUCUCAGAACAACAACCUCUGCAUCGUUGAUGACCGCUCUGGGUUAUCAAUCGUGUACACAAAGAAUAACCUCUAUUCAGAUUUUUCAAUGGAUACCUUGAGAGGCGUAGGAAAGUUUAAGAACAUGUACACGCCCUUGGGCUGUAAGAACAUAAAGCACUUGCAGUGGUCAAGGAACGGGACCUAUUUGGCUGUUUAUUUUAAUUUGGCAAAUUACUCAGAGUCAGGCCUGUGUCUUGAAGACAACCUGCACAUCUGGGACAUUUCAAAGAAGAACAUCAUCGGGACCUUUAGCACUAAGAGACUCUCACCUGAACAAUGGCCAGUAAUCAAGUGGGUAGGCUCAACAGAUAAUUUUGCCCUCUGCCACAAUCAUCAAGUUGGAAUUUACUCAAUUGUCUCUGAAGGAACUUCUCUCAAGUCUGUUAAACUACUUUUAACAGUAAGAAUACCAAUGGUGUUCAAUGUUGACCUUUCAUAUAAGCCGGUGGAAACCAGUAACUCUUUCUCAGAUGGAGAUAUCAUUUGCAUGGCCUCGUUUUCACAGCCCGAUUCAAGUAAUUCACCGGGAAGUCUUCGGAUUUCAACUUUAAAAUUUAGUGGAGAUUCACUGGCUGAGUCUUCAUUUUCACAACAUGAGCUUAAAUUUUCAGAUUCUGCUGAACUUCUGUGGUCACCUUCAGGCAAUUAUUUGAUAAUUUUGGCACAGUCAACCGUAGACUUGGCCGGAGAAAAGUACGGCUCAACCACAAAUUGUCUUUUAUUCUCAAGUAAUGGCAAAUUCCUCACCAAGGUUAACAAUUUCACGACUCAUGACGCUAGGUGGAAUCCAAAAUCUGACGUUUUCAUCAUCAUGGAAGGGAAUAUGCCGUGCAAAAUCACGUUGUACAAUGUUGAACUGGAGCCGUUAUUUGAGUUUCCAAACAUGUAUAGAAACACGAUCAAGUGGAACCCGCUGGGAAACAUGGUGGCUUUGGGAGGGUUUGGGAAUUUGGCAGGAGAGAUUUGUUUCUGGUAUAAGAAGGAAGGAAGUCAUGAGAUGGAACAAAUUGUACAGUUUAAAGAGCCAUGUACAGUGUUGUCAGAGUGGUCUCUCGACUCCAAGUACUUCAUCACAGCCUCAACUUUUCCCCGCAUGAAAGUUGAUAAUUUCUUCAAAAUCUUCAACUGUGAGGGAUAUCUCAUGGCCAGUGAAAUUUUAGACGAGUGUUACGACGUGUCUUGGUUCUGUGGAAACUCAGAUGAAACUGAGUUUAUUAAGCCUAGAGUUAGAAAGUCACUUGACCGAAAGCCUAUUUACAGGCCUAAAAUGUCACUGAAAACACAAGCUCCUACCACAACCAAAUUCUCCAAAGCUCCCGGGUCUCCUUUUUUCACCACUUCAAAUCAAGAUAAUGGAUUUGCUAUGGGUACCACAAGAUUAGUUAACUUUGACAAGAACCAUUUUGAUAAUUUUAACCGCUCAUUCUUCUCAAGCCAGUUUGGAAAUAACUCAGACCCUUCAACUGACUUGUUCCACUCCUUUAAACAUGUAUUUUCACUUUCAUUCAUGAAUAAAUUUGAUCAGCCCCUUAUGAAACCGAGGAAUAGUCUGGACCGAUUUUUCAUUAGAAAAGAACAAAACCAAGCUGACACAAGGCUCAAUUUCAGCUCAUCAGAUCCUCAAUUUAACCAUCCCAUUGAGACCCAACUUAACCGUCCCAUGGACAGUCAAUUUAUCAACAAGUUUGAUAAUCAAUUUGAUAACAAAAUUAUGAAUUCACUAGACAAUCGAAUGAUGAAUUCGCUAGACAAUCGAAUGAUGAAUCCACUGGACAAUCAGAUGAUGAGUCCAUUAGAAAAUCAAUUUAACAAUCAAUUUGAUGGUAAAUUUAACAAUCCGUUGGAUAAUCAAUUGCUCAAUAUGUCUGAAGUACAACACCGCAAUUUAACUGGGCAAGUGUUAAAUGUGCAGGAAAAUCAUUAUAAUAAUUCGAUGGAUGGUUAUUUUAAUAAUUUGCAAGAAGUACCAUUUGAGGGAUCUUUGGAGAAUUCGCAAAUCUUGGCUGAAAACGGGGUAACAUACGGUGAUAAUUUGCCAAAUUCAUUGAGGAAUGACACGAAGAAUGUUUCAAUGUUUGUGAGAAUGAAGAAUCAGCUGCAAGCAGAGAAGGUGAAGACUCGUCAGAGAACAAUAAUGAAUGAGGGGCAGCUGUUGAGGCUGUUACUUGAGGCUAAAAAUAAAAGGAAACCCGAUUCUCUUCAAUCUUAAUCUUUUACA